CCCCCGCCGUCACUGAGGUGCGCCCGGAUCUCGCUGAGGCGUUCACCUGUGGGCGGAUGGAUACGUGCGAUGGUUUGCACUCCACCUCUAAUUUAAACACAGUGGGAGGAUCUUUUUGAUCUCAGUUAAAUCGGAGAGGCUGCGAGCGCGCGGGAAGGCCACCAGGCAGUCUCAUGGUGCAGGAGCUUCUGGACUCUAUUGUUCCAAACCGGGGACUAUUUUCUUAUGCUGGGUUGGACGCAUUACUCGGCCAGGAAGGCUUGAAGGCGGAUGUAGCUGCAAGUAGUUCCGGUUGAGGAAGUCUCUCUGCAGCCGGCUGCCGGUGCCCGGUUGCGGGAGGGUUGGAGCGGAGCCGGUCCUCGCUCUGCGAGCGCGUCGGGAGCCGCCGCCAUGUCGACCCGCUCGUGCCGGGAGAAGGCGCAGAAGCAGAACGAGCAGCACCAGGCCAUCCUGGCCAAGCUGCUGCGGGAGGAGGACAACAAGUACUGCGCCGACUGCGAGGCCAAGGGUCCAAGAUGGGCUUCUUGGAACACUGGUGUCUUUAUUUGCAUCAGAUGUGCUGGAAUACAUCGAAAUCUUGGGGUUCAUAUAUCAAGGGUAAAGUCUGUCAAUUUAGACCAAUGGACACCAGAACAAAUACAGUGCAUGCAGGAUAUGGGAAAUACGAAAGCAAGGAUACUCUAUGAAGCUAAUCUACCAGAGAACUUCCGAAGACCACAAACAGAUCAAGCUGUAGAAUUUUUCAUCAGGGAUAAAUAUGAAAAGAAGAAGUACUAUGACAGAAAUGCAAUCAGUGUCACCAGCAUGUCCUCCUCUGAUGCUGUUCUGCCUUUGGCACCUUCUCCUUCUCUGCAAGCUGCUGCCGAGAAGAGCAAAUUGGAGAAGGAAAAGGAGAAAAAAAAAGAUGAGAAGAAGAGAGAGAGGGAAUCAGAAAAACCAUUGAAACCCCUAACCAGUGAAAAGCCUCAGAAGAAAGAGGAUCAGCAAUUAGAGCCUAAAGCAAGUCCGAAAAAAACACCAGAACCUACUAUUGAUCUUUUAGGACUCGAUGGUCCUCCUGAAGCACCUGUUACAAAUGGAAGCACCACGACUGUAACAACACUGAACGAUGACUUGGAUAUCUUUGGCCCAAUGAUCUCUAAUCCUUUGCCAGCAGCUUCUGUAUCUCCUGCUCAGAGCACUUCCACUAAACCAACAGCUGCCACCUUAUCUGCUGCAUCUGGGGAUCUUGAUCUGUUCACUGAGCAAACAACAAAAUCAGAAGAGUCAGCAAAGAAACAACUCUCCAAAGACUCCAUCUUAUCACUGUAUGGCACUGGGACCAUGCAGCAGCAAAAUGCUCCAGGUAUGUUCAUGGGAUCUUCUUCCAUGCCAUUUACCACACAACCAUCAACUCAUUUUCAAGGUUUUCCACCUAUGGGAGUACCUGUGCCUGCAGCUGCUGGAAUGAUGGGAAAUAUGAUGGGACAAUCAGUGCCUGUCAUAGGACAGAACACAGGUAUGAUGGUGGGCAUGGGAAUGCCCAAUGGUUUCACUGGCACUACACAAACUGGUGUGAUGGGACUUCCUCAAAAUGUCGUUGGACCCCAAGGAGGAAUGGUGGGACAAAUGGUUACUGCACAAAAUAAAUAUGGCAUGCAACAAAAUCAACAAGCUCAAUGGAACAUCUCUCAGAUGAAUCAGCAAAUGGCUGGCAUGAAUCUCAAUAGUUCCAGCAAUGUGAUGGGCUUUGGCCAGCCCCCCAAUACAGUGGCAGGAUGGACAGGAAGCUCUUCGGGUCAGACUCUCAGCACACAACUGUGGAAAUGAAAAUUGCAACAGAAGUUUCAUGCAGAACAGUCACUUGACAUUCCUUGCUCAAAUGCAUUUAUUCUUUUUCUUUUCUCCCAGUUGUUCACAUUAAGAAGUUAUCUAACUGACCAUGUUGUGGUCUGUAUUGAUUUAAAUUUGAUGUGGUGGAAAGCAGAUUGAAAAUACAUUUAUAUAUCAUUGGCAGCUCUUUCAUAUUCCAGUACAUAUGAUUUCAUAAACCAUAUCAAGAAGCUGCUUUACCAAUUGCAUACUCAAUUUUUUUCUUAAAAUUAUAGAUCAAACGUUUGCCUAUAAGGGACGUAGCUAUCAUGUUAGUAAUAUCUCUAAAUAUAUAAACCUUGCCCCCCAAAUUACCCAGUAAUCCUUGUAGAAGGUACUGUAUGAACCAAAUGUUUAAUCAUAUAAAUAGAAUGUAAAUGUAUCACUGAAUAAUGUUUUUAAUGUAUCAAACAUACUGUGUUUUAUCAUUCAUUUCACUGUGAUGUUACUAUGGUGUGCUUAACAGGGAACAUGGUUAGUGAAAGCAAGAUAAACCUGGAUAUUACUGUAGUUCCACACAUUUUUAGUUUAUUCUUUUAAAACAUGAAUAUUUGAUCCAUUUGAGUUUCCUGUGACAAAACAUGCAAUUUGGCUCCAUACGUGUAUACAUAGUGCUAAUAUAAAGAACUUAUUGCACAAUAUGCAUACAGGGUAACUCAUCACAUACGGAUACUUUUUGUCCUUGCAGAUAUAUCCAGGUUUGACAGUAAUUGUGUUUACAUUUUAUGGUGCCUCGUAUUGAUAAAAUGUUAUUUCCCUAUAUUAAAAAGAUAAAGCCAUAAACCA